GCGAAGGCCGGAUAAUAAAAGUGGCCUAAGGAAGGGAAAGUUGCCCCCUGAUCGGUCCAAACACGGCCCAGUUCAAUCCCCAAUCUCCCACGUCCCAACCCAACGCGCACUCCCAGGCGCGUGCUUCAAACCUUCCUCAUCCCCCCCUCCACUCCAACCCCAGCUCACCUGUCACCUCCGGUGCAGUCUGGAUUUUCCCGCCAGUUUUUCUCACUCCUCUUUCUUUGUCCCUCCACUGCACUGCGGCUCCAGAAAAACGAAAAAUUCUCAGCCGCCGCCGCCAGUGUACGAUCAGCCCCCCCCCCCCCCCCCCCCCCCCCCGGGUUGAAGCUCCCGAUGAACUCUCGAGAUCUCACGCUGGUCAGCUCUGCUGCCGUCCUUGGAGCUCUGGCUUCGGCCAUUGCUCUUCGCUUCCUCUUCGUCGACCCAAAGAGGCGUUCAUCCGGGGUCGGUUCGCAGAAGAACGGUCGCAUUUCGAGGAAGCAUCCUCCUCCGAGCCCCUUCGAUCCCUCCAAACGGAAAGGGUAUCUGUCAUGGGAUGAUUACUUCAUGGCGAUUGCAUUCUUAUCGGCUGAACGAUCCAAGGACCCUAAUAGGCAGGUCGGGGCAUGCUUGGUGAGUGAAAAUGGUGUCAUCCUCGGUAUCGGCUAUAAUGGGUUUCCAAGAGGCUGUUCGGAUGAUAAGCUCCCAUGGGCAAAGAAGUCAAAAACCGGGAAUCCGCUGGAAACCAAGUAUCCAUAUGUGUGUCAUGCUGAAGUGAAUGCAAUCCUCAAUACGAACCAUGCUUCUGCUGCAGGACAGAGGCUCUAUGUGACCAUGUUCCCUUGCAAUGAGUGUGCCAAGAUAAUUAUUCAGUCGGGGGUCUCGGAAGUCAUUUAUUUCGUGGAGAAGAGGUUGAACGAUACAGAUGCAGCAUACGUUGCUUCUCGCAAACUAUUAUCUAUGGCUGGUGUGAAGGUGAGGAAGCUCCAGCCACAGAUGGACCAUUUAUUGAUUCAGUUUGAGGAUCCCUGAAACAAAUUCUCGCAGCAGAGAUCGUUUAUCCCCUCUUUGACUUUGAGCCAUUUGUAUUCUCGUAGACCCAGCUCUUGUUUUCGAAUUCAGUAUGUCCUAAACUAUUUGUAUUCGAUGUCUAAGUCUUCAUGUGAGUAACAUCAUUAUAUUGUUACCACGAAGAUGGAUGCCCGAUAAAUUUGACUUCCAUAGGAAGUGCUAAGGGCAUAAAUGCCUCCUGAUUCUGUAAACAUGAACCCCAGUAGUAUAAAUUUGUAAAACUAUAGAACGGAAACAAGUAUGACCUUCGAGUU